UGGCUCCAAACCUCUCUGAGCUGAAACCUGAGGAAGCCAGCAGGCGCACAGCUAGCACCGUCUCUCUACACGUCCUCCCCGUGGUCCUGGGAUACAAGAAGACACCGCACUGGAAAAUAUGCUUUUCUGCCACUCCCAGCCUGAGUCCUACCACCAGCACUCUGCUAGUUAUAUUAGAGAGGCUUUGGCACCUUUCUUAAAAAACGAAGAAGCAAGGCUUAUGGCAGAAAAUGAUGCCAAGAGGACCCCAUUCCAGUACAUUCUGUGUGCAGCCACCUCGCCGGCUGUGAAACAGCAGGAGGAGAGUCUCACUUAUCUCAACCAAGGUCAGUCCUACGAAAUCCGUAUGCUUAACAGAAAACUAGUGGAGUAUACAGAUAUAAGCAGCAAAUGUGUUAAGAGCAUUGUGCGAGUGGUGUUUCAUGACCGUCGGCUGCAGUAUAUGGAGCACCAGCAGAUGGAGGGAUGGAGGUGGAACAGACCUGGAGACCGAAUACUGGAUAUAGAUAUCCCGCUGUCAGUGGGGAUACUGGAGCCCCGUUCCCACCAUUUGCAUCUCAACACUAUUGAGUUUCUUUGGGAUCCUGUCAAGAAUGCUUCUGUUUUCAUCCAGGUCAACUGCAUCAGCACUGAGUUUACCCCCAGAAAGCACGGUGGGGAGAAAGGAGUUCCCUUUCGUAUUCAGAUAGACACUUUCACCACCAAUGGACACGGGGAGUACAUGGAGCAUGUCCAUUCUUCCAGCUGCCAGGUCAAAGUCUUCAAGCCUAAAGGAGCUGAUCGCAAACUGAAGACAGACAGGGAAAAGAUUGAUAAAAAGGCCCUGCAAGACAGAGAGAAGUAUCAAGUGUCCCAUGAGAAUACCCUGCUAAAAGAGUGUUCCCCUUGGCCUGAUGCCCUGAAUCUCACCAACCACAGCAGCAGCAGCAGUAGCAGCAUUCCAUCACCAGUUUACCACAGCCCACCAACUUCCUGUAGUUUCACAGAUGGCAACUGUUCUCCAAACCAGCAAGGGGAGCUGCUCAUACCCGGCUGCUCUGAUCACCUUCUGCCAUCGUCCACGCCACAGGACACUCAGCAGUGGCUGCACCGACACAGGUUCUCACCUUUCUCAAGGCUCUUCUGCAGCUUCUCAGGUGCUGAUCUGUUGAGGAUGAGCAGGGAGGAUCUGAUCCAGAUCUGCGGUCCAGCAGAUGGUAUUCGACUUUUUAACACAAUGAAAGGAAGGUGUGUACAGCCGCGUCUUACCAUCUAUGUGUGUCAGCAGCAGGCCAGACAUCAACCUCUCAUCAAGCCAGGGGGUGGAGACAUUUACCAUGCUCUGUACCUGGAGGAGCUGACACUGUUGGACCUCUCUGAGAAGAUCGCUCUGCUCUACAGCAUCAGUCCACAGCAAAUUACACACAUCUACAGACAAAAACCCACAGGGAUCCACAUCUUAGUCUCUGAUGAGAUGGUGCAGAACUUUGGGGAGGAAACAAGUUUCAUCCUCAGCACUAUAAGAGACGAAAACACAGAUGGCUACCACGUUGUGUUGAAAUGAUCAGCCGGUACUCAGGAGGUUCAGUGUUUCCUCUGAGAAUCAGUGGCAUAGUACACCUUGUAUAUAAGUCCUCCUAGAUUACAAUAUGUAACCAAGAUUUACAGUACAGUAAAAGGCUGUUAAACUUUCAGUUUACUGUUGAGUUUGUGGUCCUGUUUAGUUUUCUUUAAUUUUCCUGUUUUAUUUGUAUUGUUGUGAAGUUACUGAUUCAUACUUGAUAUACCUUGUAAUUACAGGUUAACACUGCUUUAUUACUCCUGCAUAUGUGUGUGUACAUCUUUGGCUUAAACACCUGUUAAUGCAAGUAAAUGACUUAUAAUCAUAAAGCAGAAUAAUGCCAUUCAUCAUCAUGCUGUCAAAUAGAAAACACAAAUGAACAAAACUGUUGUUUUAAUGUAAUGCAAUGCCCCUACUUGUUCCAAACAUGAAGUGCUGUCAUGUAGUCUGUUGAAUAUGCUAUACAAUCCAUAUUCUUGACGAGUUUUAAUUUGAAAUUUGGUAAAAGUGAGGUGUGUGCACAUAGGCUACUGUAUGUUUAAACAGAGACUCUGUGUUGCAGUUUGGAGGAUGAUUUUGACUGUCAUGGCUCUAUGACAAGUGUAGUUCACUCAAAAUAAAGUAUUUUGCACUAUU